AUGACAACAUCUCAUAAUUCCUCAGAUAAGGUCUCACGACAUUCUUCUGUUCAUCGAGCUAGAUCACUAUCUGAAUCCAUAAAGGGACUUUUCAAGUCAUCAUCAUCAUCAUCAUCAUCCUCAGUUAAUAACCAUCAUACCCAUAAAAAUAAUACUGCAGCAACAAGGGCGAACCCUGUUUCACCGAAAGUAGUAAUACAGCAACAACCAACAGUAGCAGAACUUCCUGCCUUCGCAGAAAUUCCUGAAGGUUCAAAAAGUCACACAAACGGUUCUCAAAAGGUACCUUUACAUAUCAAUACUUCUUCCAUAUAUGAAGCCAUAUCACCAGUCCACAGCCCUGUUAUGUCGAAUGCCAGACAGAAGCCAAAAGGGUCUCAACAAUAUUUGCCAAAUAUCGCAAAACUUUCGCUAUCGCCCCCCUCAAUGAAAAGGGAUGAUAAAUUCUCUCAUGAAUCUUCAGACAUCAGUGAUGAGGAUCCUCUACAUGUUGAUAAAAAGUAUUUAAAUAAGAAAGAAUUUUCUUCCAGUGGUAAAGAUGCGAUGUACGCUCCGAUACCUGUACCUGGCCCUUCAACUGCAGACCGUUCUGAUAAUAAUUUGAUAGAUGAAACGAAUUUAUCAUCCAUCGACGCUAUGUUGGAAGUUAGCAACAAAAACACUGUCCCUAAUGCUACAAGUAAAUCUGCCACAGUUCCACCUCCCGUAUUACAUAAACAUAGAAACAGUACAGGUCAUUCCUUUAAUACCAAUGUUAAGAACUCUUCACUUAGACAAGAGAAUCUGAAUGUUAAUUCUAGGUCAAGAUCAUUAAGAAGAGGUAAUUCUCUGAGUUCGUCAACAUCUUCAGUCUCAAACUCUGCUUCUAUUGGAUCACUAAGCACAACAAAUAAAUCACCCUAUUCCAAUGGGAGGAAACAUGCUGAAAGUGUAAGCGCUUCCAAUUUAAUGAAAUACAUGGAACAUGAAUCAAAGUGUAUCUUAAACGUCGAAAAUUUUAAAGUAUUUGAAAAUGGUUAUCAUCAACAUAACUUGAGAAAGAUGGCUAUAGUGAGUAAUGAAGAGAAAAAGAAAUCGAAAUUAUCUCCUGCUGUCUCAAAUACUGUCAACUUUAGUUCUUCUCUAAACGUUGAUGAUAGAAUUGACUCUAAUGCUUUGGUCAAUGAUGAUGAUACAGACACAAUAAGUUUACAGAAACAAAAAUCUGGAUUUUCAUUAAGUGGGCUCUUCAAACCACAUGCGAAAGAUAACGCUAAUGCCAUGAUAGAGGAAAAUCAAAAAUUCGAAAACGCAUUAUCACUAAUACCGACACAUAGACUUUCUCUUUAUAAAAGAUUGAAUAAAAUGAAUGAACAAGGUGAUGCCGAUUCUUAUUCGGAUCCAGACUAUGAUUAUGAUGACAUAGAUAAUAAUGAACAAAGUAAUAGUAAAAAUUCCAUGAUGACAGGUCGAACUGAACAAGAAUCUUUGGUCGAUUCAAGAACUACGUAUGUAGAUUCUGAAGGUAAACAAGAGAAGAUUUCCAAUAAUAAGAAAAAGCAAUUCAAUAAGAGCAUGCCUAAAGUGGUAAAUACUAAUGCAGCAGUAAGUUCAGAGGAAUUAAGCUUGAUUAAUACACUUUCCGAAAAGAUUCAUAACGGACUCAAAGGGAAAGUCACAAGAAGUGAAGAAAAUGAUCAAUUACCUUCCUUUGCUGAACAAUAUGGUAAGUCAAUAGGGACCAUCGGGCAUGGUGCAUAUGGGAUAGUGAAAGUUUGUGGAAGACCAAUAAACCCAAAUUUUGAUAAGUCACCUUUCCAAACCUUUUGCAAUGGUCAGAAAUUAUUCUUCGCGGUAAAAGAAUUGAAACCGAAACAAAAUGAUCCGAUUGAAAAAUUUAGUACCAGAAUUACUUCCGAAUUUAUUAUUGGACAUUCUUUAAGCAGAUGUCAUAAGAAGGGUGACCGGGUCUCUCCAAACAUUUUGAAAGUAAUAGAUUUAUUGGAAAAUAAUGACACAUUUUUUGAAGUGAUGGAAUUCUGCCCUGCUGGUGAUUUGUAUUCAAUCCUUACCAGAAAAUCCAAGUCAGGGACAGCGUUACAUCCUUUAGAAGCAGAUUGUUUCAUGAAACAGUUGUUGCAUGGUGUUAAAUAUAUGCAUGAUCAUGGUGUUGCCCAUUGUGACUUGAAACCAGAAAAUAUUUUAUUCCAUCCAGAUGGUCUAUUGAAAAUUUGUGACUUCGGAACUAGUUGUGUUUUCCAAACAGCUUGGGAAAAGCAUGUACAUUUCCAAUCAGGGGCCAUGGGUUCUGAACCUUAUGUGGCACCUGAAGAAUUCAUUCGAGAUAAAGAGUACGAUCCGAGAUUAGUUGACGUUUGGAGUUGUGGGGUGGUAUAUUGCACAAUGGUAUUGGGUCAUUAUCUCUGGAAAAUAGCAAUAAAGGAAAAAGAUGGUUUAUAUGAAUCAUAUAUCCAAGAGAUGACAAAGGAGAAGGAGUUCUACAUCUUUGAAGAAUUAAGACAUGUUAAUUCGGAUUUAACAAGAUUAAGAAAGCUAAUACUGUAUAAACUUUUUCAAUGGAACCCAGAGAGAAGAAUAACUAUUGAUCAAUUACUAGCAUCGUCAUGGAUGAAAAAAACUAGAUGCUGUGUCGUCUAUAAAAAAUAG